CGUUAUUCCUCAAUCCGAUGGUGGCCUUGAGUCUUGACUCAAAGACAUGCCAGCCGUCAAUUUGGCCCAAGACGGCAACUUCGACGAAGUCACUUGCCUGCUUCUCUUCUUCAAUGUGCCAUGCAUCCGUUUGCUCUGACAAUUAAUCCUCACCUUGGAAGACAGUCACUCUUUGUUUUAUCUUCUAUUAAACAAAUAAUCAGCAGCCCCUACUAAACAAAUAUUCAGCAGCGCAUCAUCAGGGUCCAAACAUUGAUCUGGGAACACAACAUAAGGCGUACACGUUGAGCCUGAAUUUAUCACACCGCAUUCUUCUCCUUUCAAUCUACAUCUCGCUAGAUACUUCCCCGACUUAUCUUCUUACCGCAAUCUCCUGUGAGAUGGUGACUUGAAUUUGAGAGAGAAAUGCGCUUGACGUCCCACGCGGCCUUCGAUUUCACUGCCUUUCCCUUCGCUCACUCAACAGUGGAAUUGAAACAUUAUCAACGUCAAUACGCUCAUUCUUUUGUCACGUCCUCUUGACUCUGGCCUGUCUUCACUCCCUCGAUGCAAAACCGGUGUCAUUUAAGUGCCGGUUCAUCCUACUUCCUCCGUUUUUUUGUGUCCUCACGGUAUGGCAGCAGGAAACUGAGCCUCGAGUUUGGUCCUCAAAAUGCGACCACAACAUCGAACAUACAGGAGAUCCGAGUUUGUCCAGCCCCCUACAAGAGAUGCUGGUGCUGAAGAAUGGAGACACGCACCCUCUGUCAGAUGUAGGCUGAGACGCUUGCCGAGAGGUACGACGACGCUUCAGAUCCACAAGAAUCUUCGGCGUUAUGGCAAUGUUGAAUUCAUCCGCAUCGAUGAAACACGACAAGGAGAAUCUUCCAGGUCUGCGUUGGUAACGUUCAAGCCUCCCCCUGAACGUGCACCGUGGAAAUCUGGCCUAGCUCGAAUCCCGUUUGUCGUUGACCCGCGAUGUAAAGAUUCAAGUCCUACUGUCGAGGUUUUUGGCCCUGUCGAAGGACCAUCCACGCAGACAAUUGACUCUCCAGUCCGACCAGGUGUUAAGUAUCCUACUGAAAUCACUCUUCAGGCUGAGAGCAUUGACUUCGGCUAUCUUGAGCAUCCAACGUCCAUGAUUGUCAAGGCCACAAGACAGAGCUCGGGCCCAGAUGCUGUAAGAAUUCAGCUAAAUCUUCAAAAGCUCGAAAUGCAGGUUCACUUUCCUGUCAAUUUGAGGUCGAAAGGCUCAUUUACUAUGCGAUCCUAUCGUUUCAUGGUAGCGUUGGACGACAAACUCUCUCUCUGUGAAGCCCCAUCAACAACUUCGACUUCUUUGAUCUUACACCUUGCACAACAACCCCUGUACUCGCGACAGUCAAGAGAAGCAAUUGCAAUGAGCCAUUCCGACGACUCUCUCAAAUGGCUUCAGGAUGACACGUGGUUCCGCCAGACGGACAUCGUCCACGAUAAAGAGACAUAUUCUGUCAUAGACAGCAGCCCUGUUUCGGCGAUGAAAUUGCACAACAGUAUCAACAUUGCGAGAUGGACAACAUUCCGUGUCAGUAUCAAAUCGACACCAGAGAGCUCAACGCGUCCACCACUGCUGCAGCAAUUCCUCAAGGCUCUGCAGGACUUCAAUGUUCCUGUUCGGCACAACCCUGACCUCAAAGUGUCUCAUGACCCUAACUACUUGGCGCCUAUCUGGGAUUUACUCAAUGCUAGAAAUACUUCUCUAUCUCUGGUCGAGGAGUUAGCGACAAUCUAUCUCCCAUUCGAGGUCCGUUAUCAACUCGAAGUCUGUUUGUCAAAUGGCUGGCUGAAUGAGUAUACUCUGCACGAAGAGUUCCUGCAACGCUUGGCAGCUCUGCCAUUGCAUCGAGCCAAACAAACGUUGAUUCACGUCGAUACUUAUCAACAACGAGUGUACAACCCAAUGGACAUCUUCACCGACCUUAGAUACUCAAAGCCUGUCAGAGCACGGCCACUUCCGCCUAAUUGUGUUGAGCUACAUCAUGCAACGGUGACGGCAACGGGGAUCCUUUUUCAUACACCUUCUGUGGAAGUCACAAAUCGUAUCGUUCGAAAGUACCUACGACAGAGUGACAGAUUUCUUCGAAUUCGCUUCGAAGAUGACGUCUAUCGUGGCCAAUCACGUUUGUACCCCAUGACGACCGGGAAAAUGAAGUUGAUAUUUGAAAAGGUUCGACGAACACUCAAACAUGGCAUUGUUCUUGGGGACCGUCAUUAUCAAUUUCUAGCUUGGGGUAACUCUCAGCUAAGAGACCAUGGUGCCUAUUUCUUUGCAUCCAUCAAUGGUACCACGGCGGACACAAUUCGCUCAGACAUGGGAGUCUUCGAGCGUGAAAAGGUGGUUGCAAAGCGCGCUGCUCGCAUGGGUCAAUGUUUUUCCACCACCAGAGCGGUAUCUGUCAUGGGCAACGGGAAGUGGAAGAAACACCCCAUUCCAGACAUCUUUAAUGAAGGGUAUAACUUCUCUGAUGGAGUGGGCAAGAUCUCACUGUUAGCCGCACAACUGGUUCAUUUCAAUCUCAAGCUGAAAGGCCAUGUUCCGUCAGCCUUUCAGUUUCGUAUGGGUGGCUGCAAGGGAGUACUUGCCGUGGACCCGGAGCUACCUGGUGUGGACAUCAAGAUCCGACCAAGUCAAUACAAGUUCGAUAGUGCAUCAGAUGAACUUGAAAUCAUUCGGGUGUCCGAAUUCUGGCAACCGUACCUGAAUCGUCAACUUAUUCUGGUACUGUCUCACUUAGGUGUACCAGAUGCCGUCUUUCUGCACAAACAGGAGGAAUGCAUCCAAAUUUUGGACCGGGCGUUGACAGAUGAUGACAGCGCUCUACACGCGCUGCGCGACACUGUUGACCCGAAUCUAAUGACGCUUAGCAUCGCUUCUAUGGUUGAGGCUGGCUUCCGACAAAGCCAGGAUCCUUUUGUUACCUCACUGCUACGACUUUACAGAGCAUGGAGCCUCAAAUAUCUCAAAGAGAAGGCAAAAAUUCCCGUCAAACAAGGAGCGUUCGUGCUGGGCGUGGUAGAUGAGACUGGGAGUCUUCGAGGAUAUACAAAAAGUGAGGAACCGCGCUACUCACAUGACCGAAGCCAUUCUAAUCUACCCGAAAUAUUCAUCCAAUACACCGAUCAACAUACAGGGGAGCCCCGGAUCGUCGAAGGUGUGUGCAUCAUCGCCCGCAACCCUUCCUUACAUCGGGGAGAUAUUCGAGUCGUGAGAGCGGUGAACGAAAAGAAACUUCUUCAUAUGAGGGACGUCCUGGUUAUGCCAAGUACUGGUGACCGCGAUCUACCCAGCAUGUGCUCUGGUGGUGAUCUAGAUGGAGAUGACUUUGUGGUUAUUUGGGACCCAGAUCUUAUUCCAACCGAAUGGAAUGCGAAGCCCUUUCAUUACGAUGCUCCGAGCCCUCGCACGAAGGAUACGAUAUCCACAGACGACAUCAUCGACUUUUUCUGCGAUUACAUGCAGAAUGAUUACCUUGGUAGAAUCGCCCACGCUCAUCUUGCAGCUGCUGAUUACCUUGACGACGGUAUCCAAAGUGACCAGUGUUUGGAGCUUGUGAGACUUCAUUCCAUGGCGGUUGACUAUCCGAAAACUGGCGUACCGGCUGUAAUGCAGCGAGGCUUGGAACGCACCAAGUUUCCGCAUUUCAUGGAAAAGAAGAGAUCCGGAGAGUACAAGUCUCACAAAAUUCUAGGCCAGUUAUAUGAUGCCGUCGAAAGAGUCAAGUUUGAACCAAAUUUGGCGGGUGCAUUCGAUCAGCGCAUCCUCUGUCACAAAACACCCCCUCAAGAAAUCAUGGAUCUCGUGCGGCGACUCAAGAGAGAGUAUGAUGACAGCAUGCGUCGCAUUAUGGCACAACAUCAGAUUGGUACGGAAUUCGAAGUCUGGUCGACCUUCGUUAUGCACCAUAGCAAAUCUGCCGGAGAUUUCAAGUUUCAUGAGGAGAUUGGAGAGCACUCCAAGAACUUGAAGCAACAGUACUAUGACGCCUUUGUUGCUGAGGCAAAAGGUCCUGAGUUCGAGAAACUGGUGCCCUUUGCGUUAGCAGCGUACCGCAUUGCAAGAGACCAGCUACAGGACUACCUCGGAAGCAGAGAAAGUUUCGAAGAAGAAGACUUUGUCGCAACCCCGGCUGAAGUACCCUUCAUCAGCUUCCCAUGGGUACUACAGGACGUCUUGGGCAAGAUUGCUAGGAGCACUGUUCUUGAUAUGUUUGCAACUGAAGUUGCCCGAGACGAACCCCUGAACGAACACACGCAGCAGCUGAAGGCUGUCAUGGACAAUUUCAACACUGGUUGGCAUGAUAUUGGAGAAUAUCUUCCAGAUCCUUUCGUGCCCCUGAUUCCGACCAAGAUUGAAUCGCAAGAGCCAAAUCAGGCAGGAAGCGAACAAUCAGGAGCAACAUUAGCCCUGACAUCCGACGAAGAGAUGAUCAGCUUGUCGGGCAUUCCAACUUCGGCUUCGAACACGUUCAGAAACCUUGAGCGAUUCGCAUUGUACACUUCAGACCCAAAACUACAAGAAAAGUCAAUCUCUGAACAAAGCUCAGUAGACUUAUCAAUGCCGACUUCUACAACUUCGACCAUGGAGAGUGCUGAGGUGAGCGAAGAUGACGUCGAUCCAACCACUUCAGAACUUUCCCUGGACAUCUUGAGUAAAAAUGCUGGAACGAUGGCCCCGGAUCGUUGCUCUGCGCAGCCGGAACCCGCGGGUCCUGCAACUGAGCAACAAGUCUUUAAAGACCCGACUUUGAUGUCCAAGGAUGAGCUGAUUGCUUUCGGAAUGGCCGAUGACGAAGAAGAAGAUUUCACCUUCUAAACAGAGUGCAGGAGACGUCGGCGACGACCACUCAGAACAAUCCUCCAAUUUUUACGACCGUGGCAGGUUCCGUUGUGGUCUACAAGGGCCGGGUUGUGUGCUACCAUUGCGACGAGAGGCUAACCCCCCCGCAGAGCUAUUCACUCAGGAUUGAUUUGGAUAGCUCUUGAUGUGCUACGAUAUGAUUACUCUAGCGAGACGAAUGAAAUGGCAGGACACCAUGGCAUGAGCGCUGGAGUUCAGGACUUGAGACUGACCCUCUUCUUCAGUCAACGAAGGAUUCUAGCAGUUGACAACAAGAAAGGUCUAUAUUAGAAAGAAAUAAAAG